UGUAACUGGAGGAGGAGAGCAGGCAAGCUAGCUAAGGAAUGAAGCCUUUCGUGACCAACCGUACAAGUCGGAGGGUCGAAGAGACGCGAGAAAGACGACGGAGUCCCUCUUGUUGUCGGGAAGACCUUGCGCAUCUCCCUCUUCACGCGAUCGUCGUCAUCAUCGUCGUCGUCAUUUUUGCCGCCAUAGCCGUCCGCCAUCCCGAGCAGCACAACACGGGUGGGCGUGUGCCGUACAAGAAGGGGGUGUGAGGGUACACAUGGCAACCCUCACCGCUUCCCAUUCUGGAUAUUGCCGCCGCGGCAGUGUGUCUCGAACGAAGACCAGCGGCUCGGCGCGCUGUGCCUGACAGCAACAGCGGCCCCUCUGGCCUCCAAACGUUGGGCAAUGGGCUGCGAGAAAGAAAUAGUACUCUCGUUCGCAGCUUCGGCAAUCACCCAUUCGCGCAGGAAGGCGAAAUCUGCUUCAGACUGGCUGUGCAUGGCGUGACCCCCCCCCCCCCCCGCCGGCCCACCCUUUCUUCCACCAUAAACCCUCUCUUCCGCCCCCGCUUAUACGCUUGCUUCCUUCCUUUUCUGUCCCCCCCCAUCCCCCCGGUUCUCUGGAUCCGCGCGAUAUCCGCUACGUUUAAAGAAAGAAGAUAGUUGCUACAUGUCAUUCUCUGCGAAUGCUGAUCAGGAGCACAUCCCGCAUUGUUCUUGCAAUCUCUUUUAGCGCCGUUCUUCCUCGUGCUGCCACGUGCUGCCACGUGCCACCGCUCCCUACAGCCCCUCGUUGAAAGAAAGGCGCUCUUUUGUCGGUAAUUAGAGCCAGGGCUUUCUGGGUACUUAGCGACGAUGGCGGGGAUUACACCUGUGGUGUGCGUACCCGCCUGCUCUUCGACCACGGCUCCUGCGCCCGCCUCCGCGGCCAUCCGCUCGGCCGGGCACCAUCACGCGCAAUCCAAAGCAUCGGCAGCCGCGGAGAGAAUGGCGAUGACGGCUUCCAGCAGCGGCGCAAGCGGAAGCAGCUCGUGCGCGCCGAUCUGCGCCAAGCUGAAAGUGCGGAAGGAUGGCCCAACGGCAGGAAGGAGGGGGACAUCGCCUCUGUCUGCUUCCCCCCCCUGCUUGCUGGCAGGCGCCGCAGGCGCUGGCAUCGCGACCGGCCGCCUCCUCCGCGGCGGCGCAGCUCCCUCCUCACUCCCCGCCCACCUCUGCCCACGCCGCCAUCGGCGUCGCAGUCGCGCAGUCAUCUGCGCCUCUGUCGAGAUCGGGAUCGUGGAUAAUCUUGACUCCUUACUGGCUUCCUCUACAGACACAUUGAGACACGUGGCGUCCUCUCAGCCAUUCAUUCCCGGCCAGUUGGCGCAGGCGGCCAUCAGCGGCAUCAAGGAAUUCACGGCUCUUCCUCAAGACCAGCAAGUGAAGUCGGUCGUGGUCGGGAUCCUGACGUGGGUGUAUCUGACAGCCCGACCGGGGAUCUUGCUGGGCGCGCUGGACGCGUAUAUCUUUGCCCCGAUCCAGGCGCUCGCGGAGGUUGCGCUCGGCCGGCGCAACUUCAAGCGCACGGAUUUCAUCGUCGGGCAGCGGCUGGGGGAAGGAUCUUUCGGCACCGUCUACGAGGGCGCGCUCCUCAAACCGGUAUCGGGACAGAACGGGGCCGCGGCCGACAACAACGGCCGCAUGCAGGAGGACACGGUAGGCAGGAGAUCGAGGAGGCUAGACGAGGUGGAAGAUUCCCAGAAGCUUCGCCGAGUCAUCUUGAAGAAGGUGAAAACUGGCGUUGAAGGUGCAGAGGAAAGUGGAGAGGUGGAAGAAUGGUUCAAUCGCCGAAUGCGUCGGAUUGCGCCGGAGAUAUGCGCAUCGUACCUAGGCAGUUUUGUCUCCGAUGCGACCCGUGGGCAGUUCACAGAGGGUGGCAGAUGGCUGGUCUGGGACUAUGAGGGCGACUCCACCCUCGCAGAUUUCAUGAAGGCAAGAGACUUUCCAGAUAAUCUAGAGGAACCGCUGUUUGGGACCGCUCUUAGAGCCACACAACGGAUGUCGAGGCAAUCUCUCAUAAUCAAGAAGAUAAUGCGACAGAUAAUCGGUGGUCUGAAGAAGAUGCACGCAACAGGGAUCGUUCAUCGAGAUGUCAAGCCGUCCAACCUGAUGGUUGUGGAUGCUGGUCGUCUGAAGCUGAUCGAUUUCGGGGCGGCGACGGACCUGAGGGUCGGCAAGAAUUAUGUUCCCGACCAAGCCAUCCUGGACCCAGACUACUGCCCGCCGGAGCAGUUGGUUCUCCCGGAGGACACCCCCGAACCACCUCCCGGUCCUCUUGCAGCUGUGCUCUCACCUAUUCUUUGGCAGGUCAAUCACCCGGAUCUGUUCGACAUGUAUUCAGCGGGUGUUAUUCUUCUGCAGAUGGCAUCUCCCCAGCUUCGGACGCCGAUCGGGUUAUCGUCGCUGAAAAUGGAGCUGAAGGAGUGUGAUUGGGAACUGAAGAUCUGGCGCAACAGAUCACGAUUGCGGCCGGACUUGUCGUUACUAGACAUGGAUGGGGGUAGGGGGUGGGAUUUGGCAACCAAGCUAGUGUGUCAAAGGGGACCCUUAAGAAGGGGUCGGCUUUCUGCAGAAGCAGCCUUGAGGCACCCGUACUUUCUUCUUGGUGCUGAUCAAGCCAUCUCAUUAAUGUCCACCCUUAGCAUUUCCAAAUGAUUUCUUUCUUGCUGUUGGCCCCACCAUCUUCGUCCUCGUUCUCUUUUCCGAUCUGUUCUACAACCCUCCCAUACUCCAACCUCCCACCCAAGGAUGCCCACCAACCCUUUGGGCAGAUCAUGGGCUGAUGGUGAUACCUUCACAGUUCCAUGGUUGUCCCACCUGUGUAUGAUUUAUGCCUACAAAUAAUGCCUAUCGCUAAUGCCUAUAGAUAAUGCCUAUAGAUAAUGCCUAUAGAUACUAGAUAAAUAGAUAGUUUGUCCCAGCUGUGUAUGAUUAGUGCCCAUUCAAUAGUUAUCACUGCCAAAGUUCAAAGAGGCAUUUGCCGGCUAACAGC